CAAAACGUCAAAAGUUUAUCAACAAACACCAUCUCGUCGUCGUUUUCGCGAGACAGUACCGAACUAGUUUCUUUCUUGUAAUUUCCAAAAGUGAAACAAAAAUGCUAAUACUCCCACUAUCGGGCAGGUAAAACUAGGACACCUCUUAUCCUGCGAGCGUUUUCCGAUCGUCAAAUUCGCGACAAAAUGUGGAUACCGCCGCGGGAAUGCGCGAUGCCAUUCGCGUUCUGGGUCACCGAGAGUACGCUGACCACAUCGAACUACUUCCUGCUUCAGCACCGCAAAGGCCACGGCAGCCAGCGCGGAUUCUCGUCGAUGCUGGUCGGAACGCUGGACAACGUUCUGGACACGAAACCAUCGCCCUAUCGGAUUUUGCACGUUCAACCCUCGACGGCGUUGUAUUAUGAAAUCGCCUCGGACAUCACGCUGGAAGCGAUCCUCAAAGACUGGGAAUGGCUGUCCAAAAACCUCUUUCGGGUGAUCAACGAAAUGGAAACGGAGGAGGAAAUCACCAACUUCACCAUUUGCAAAAUCCAGUCCCUGUUGGCCCACAGUUCCCGCUCCACGGAAGAAAUGGUCGACCCGAGCAGCUUCCAGAUCGUGGUCAACAAGUUCCGCGAAAAGUUCAAGAUGCCGGAGGAUGAAAAGCUAGUCAGCUACUAUUCGUGCAGUUAUAUCAAACGGGUCCCUCGCCAGGGACAGAUGUAUCUCUCGUUGAACCAUCUCUGCUUCUAUUCGUACAUUUUCGGGGCGGAGAGCAAACUCCGGUUCCGGUAUAACGAGCUGACGGACAUCAAGAAGUCCGGAACGAUGAUCACGAUCAAAACUUCCCAGAACAAGGAGUACACGUUCGCGUUUCUCUAUCCACCCGGCGAGGUUUACAAUCUGAUCGAACAGCUGAGCAAGAUCACGAUGCAAAAGCUGAUCCAGGAUCCGGAUCGGCCAAUCGUCGAUCACAACCCGGUGGUCGGCAAAAAGAUGGAGAAAAACGUCGGCUUCAAGACGGUGUUGCUGCGUAAUCUCACAACCCAGCAGCUCUCGGAUGAGUAUAGGGCGCAUUUCCGCUUGCCGGCCGCGGAAAUACUGGACGGGCGGAUCUCGGCCUCAUUAUGGACGCCCUAUAGCAAGAAGCACGUGAACGGGAACAUUUAUCUGUCGCAGGGGUACAUGUGCUUCAAGAGUGACGUCUACGGCCUGGUUGGGUUGGUCAUUCCGUUGAUCAAGAUUGUGAACGUUGAAAAGCAGGACGUUAGUCAUGAUAAGUUCAGUAAUCGGAUCAUUGUAACGACUUCGGAUGCCAAUAUCUUUUUGUUCUCGCACAUCUUAGAUCGAGAUUUUCUAAUCAGUAGGAUCUCGGAUCUCUUGUCUAAGACUGUUACUCCGACAAAAUCGGCAGACGAUAUCGACUGGACUAAACAGGAACCGUUGAUGCAUCUCUUCAAAGAUCCAGAUAACAAAAAAUUCGAUGAUCUACAAGCUAACAAGCUUAAAAAGUGGGACGAACACUUCUCCAUCUACGGCCGUGGUAUUUCGAUGUUCCGGACAACGGACACCAUCAAUCUGGUGAUCGAUGGUAUUCCGGAUCAGCUGCGACGGGAAGUGUGGAUGGAUUACUCCGGUGCGAUCCACAUGAAACUAAUGAAUCCGGGCCUCUACAAAGAUUUGGUCCAACGUGCCAAGGACAAUCCGAAUUCCUCAACGUUCGAGGAAAUCGAAAGGGAUCUCCAUCGAUCGCUGCCCGAGCAUCCGGCAUUCCAGACAAACAUUGGCAUUAUGGCUUUGCGGCGAGUUCUGCAGGCCUACGCUUUGCGCAAUCCGGAGAUCGGAUACUGCCAGGCAAUGAACAUCGUUUCGUCGGUAUUUCUCAUCUACUGCGACGAGGAGGACGCGUUCUGGAUACUGACCUGCCUCUGCGAGUCGCUACUUCCGGAUUACUAUAACGACAAAGUGGUCGGAGCGCAGAUUGAUCAAGGCUUGCUGGACGAGCUCAUCGCUAGUCAAAUCCCGGCUUUGCACGUCAAGCUGGCCGAUCUAGGUAUGAUCCGGAUGAUUUCGCUGUCCUGGUUCUUGACGAUCUUUCUCAGCGUAAUGCCCUACGAGAGUGCUCUUCACAUUAUCGACUGUUUCUUGUGUGAUGGAGCAAAAGUGAUAUUCAUAAUAGCUUUAAAAAUCCUGGAGUGGAACCAGGAUAAACUUUUAAACUGUAACGACGAUGGAGAAGCCAUGCAACUGCUGUCCACCUAUUUGAUGGGAAUCUACAACGACGAUCCGCAGCAAAUCAAGACGUUCGACAAAGAUCGAAUUCAAUCGAAGAGUCAAGCCGUGCAAACGCUGAUCUACGAUGCAUAUAUGCGAUUCGGAAAAGCAAUAACUUCGCAAAAGAUAGAAGAGCUCAGGAACAAACAUAGGCGUCUGACGGUACAUCAACUGGAAAAAGAUCUGGAAAAUAGCUUCGUCAAAAACUACAAGGAGAAUGGAUAUUUCGACGCCGAAGAAUUGCGCAUGUUGCUCUGCUACACCAAGGACGAGAAGUUGAAUCUCAAAAACUGCAGCCGCCAAUCGUCCGUGGCCGAGCCCGUGUAUGACGCGUCCGUACUGUACGAUGCCAAGAGGCGGUUUCGUGACAAUCGGUACGACAGUUUCCGCGUAGAUUUCGACACCUUCCGGAAGUUGUUUGGGGAUCUGACCCCCUGGGGUCACGUGCAGUCCAUCGAUAUGGCGGAGAAGUUGUUUCGGCUGAUGGACAAACAGGUCUGCGGGUAUCUCGAGUUCAAGCAGCUCAUUUUUGCCCUGGGAAUUAUUUGCUCAAAACGUGCCACGGAAAAGCUGAAACUGCUUUACAUUCUGCACUUGCCGCCGCUGCUAUCGAACAAGGAAAUCGAGAGCAGCAGCCAGACGGAGCUGAGGGACUCCGAUACGGAGGUGGCGACGGAGGCGGAGAGCUUCUUCAGUGACAAUCCAAUUGAAACGAUCAAAUCGCUGCCCUCGCCGAUCGACAUCAGCCUGGAGGCAACAGACGUGGAAAACCUCUCGCUGUCGCAUUUCAAUGCCACCACGCCGAAUCUGUCGAUUGACGAAUCCUCCACAAACGCGGAAACGUCUUCGAUUUUCUACGUGGAUCUGCCCCCGGGUGGUUCCGGAAUGGGAGGAACAGGUACUGCCGAUCGGGCCUCCUCGAGCAAUGCCAACUUGGGCGAAGGCGAAUCGUACGGUUCGCGAUCGGAUCUCAGCGAUUUGGGCUUCAACAGGAUCAGCUUCGAGGAUGCCAGCAGCAGUACAACGACCAACGGCCGACGGCAGCCCGGAAAUGAAACGAGGAGCAUCAGCAGUCUGCGGAUAUUCCUCGACGAGCCGGAUUCGAAUUUUACGAACAAAACCAUUCCCAACAUGACGCAGAAAAAUUUUAUGGUGCUAUGGACCACGUUGCUAGAGAUUUUGAACAAUGGCAAAAGGGUGGCCGAUUGUGAAGUACAACAAGCUUAUGAUAAACUAAUUAAUCUAGGAAAAUGUGCAUUGAUUGACAAAAGCGAUGACAGCAUCGAUAGUCUCACUCAAUUUUCAUUCCCAAAUCCGAGCAAUACGGACCCCAAUGGGAAUCCAUCAAGCUCUGAUGCGGCCGGGUCGUCAACGUCUACGCCGAAACAUCACUCGCCGGAGGAUCAAUCGACGGACGAUGGCUGGGAAAUCACGCUGUCCCAUUUCAUCGCUACGGCGGUAUCGGUCAGUUCGAUUGAGGAACAUUUCACACAAUCUUUCUCCAUCGGUACUCGAAUCGAGACGCUUCAGAAAAAUCGGCGAAAGUGCAAAAGUUAGACCUGUCGGUAAGUUGAGCUCGCAAGCGAUAGCAUAGGCUUGAACAUGCCCACUUCUAUGGGGAUUAUACGUAAAAGAACGAACGUUUAGUUAUGCUUCAAUCCAACGGCUUAUUUUGUGUUGAGUUUCGAAUUCGGAAAAGUGCUCUUGCGGGCAUGUGGCUCCUAUUCAAAAAGUGUAACCAGCUGCGAUAUUGUACAAAGAAGCAACAUGAUAAUACAUAUUUACAUAUACAUGAAUCAAACAUCAACGUAAAAUAUAGCACCCCUUUAUCAGGAGGAUAAGACAAUGCUGAAUAAUCGGUCCGUGAAGUGUACCUUUUUAAAUUCCAUCACAAUUUUCUUGUAAUAAGCAUGCCGCAAAUAUUUGUUAUGGUUUAUAUCUCUAACGAUUACCAAUUAUAGUGAAAGCCAUAUAUUUUUUAUGUACACUCA